AAUGAGAAGGAAAAGUGUCCUCCCACUUGUUGGCCUCUUCCUUGUUCUUGGUGUUCAGCAUGUUAUCUCUGAAUCUCUUCACCUAAUGGAUGAUCACGGGGAGUGUGGAUUCUCCAGUGAAGAGGAAGAUUUGUGUGCCUCUUAUUGCCAUAGGUCCAUGAAACUCGGUCUAGCUUAUAUUAUUGAGCUGAAGGAAAAAAUCAAAAUACUCGAAGAGAAUCAUUCAGGGAGUGAAAAUAGUCAGCUGAGCAAAGCAGUUGAGAAUUUGCAAAGUAAAAUUGAUCAACAGAAUAUACAGAUAGCUAAUAUUAACGAUUUUAUCAUAAACUCAUUCAGGCAGAAAGAGGUGGAAGAGAAAGCCAAAUCUCAAACUGAGAUAGACAAUUAUAAGAGACAAGUAGAAGAAUUGAAAGAGAAUUUAAGAAAUGUUCAACGCCAAGCAGCAAAAGAUAAGGAAGAAAGCUUAGCUGAACAAAGAAAUAGAAAAACAGAAAUAGAGAAUCUAAAAGACAACUUAGCGACCCAAAAAUUAGAUUUAGACAAAGCAGUUAAAGACCUCGAGUCGAAAAACAAGGAAUUUAAAGAAUAUCAGAUUAAGGAAAAGAAUUCCAGCAACAAAAUUGGAGAAUUAAAUUCUGAAAUUUCAUCCUUACAGAAAAAGUUAGAAGAAUCUAAAACUCAGUUGACUGAUUCGAAUCAUUUAGUUGAAAAACAUUCCCUACAAUUAAACCACACCAAAGAAUACUUAACCGAGUGUGGGAAGAGAAUACCAAAAACUGGUUGCAAAGGCCUCUCUUCGGGAAUUCAUGAAAUUGAAAUUCCCGGGAUUGAUCCGAUCUCUGCUGUCUGCGAGGGAGAUUUAAAGGGUGGUGGGUGGAUAGUUAUUCAUAAGCGAUUUGAUGGCAGUGUAGACUUUAAUAGAACUUGGACUGAGUAUCGUAAUGGGUUCGGAAAUAAGAAGGGAGAAUUUUUUAUUGGUCUCGAGAAUUUGCAUCGUAUUACCAAUUCCCAAACCUAUGAACUUUACGUGCGAUUGGGAUAUCACGAUGGAACUUUUCAAUUUGCUAGCUAUGAUAAUUUUAGAAUUGGCAACGAAACUACGAAAUAUAAGUUGGAGUCGUUGGGAGAGUUUAAAGGAACAGCUAAGAAUGCUAUGAAGUUCAGUUUAAAUCAAGCAUUUUCCAGUUUUGAUCAAGAUAAUGAUCAACGGGAAGGU